UGACACUUAGACUAGAAUAGUGAGUAGACCAACAAGUAAAAAGUAAAGCCAGCGUUACCCCGGACACGCCGGCCCCGGUACCUAGUCUCGAAUCGAUCUCUCCGCACUAUGAACCCUGUUGUCAUCUUACACGUAGAGAAGCUGCGUCAAGUUAUGUUGGAGAAUUCCCCAACCUAGUAGCUAGCUCUUCCUAGCUCUCUGGACUAGAUUCUUUCCCCAGCAAAAUGAUCCCUGCUGAUCGUCGUUUAGGGUGCCACAAACUAUGACUUCCUCCGGGGAAAGGGAAUGAAGAAAUAGGGUGGUCCAAGCUGCAACUUAUAAUAUAAGCCCUGUCCGCUGCCUAAGAUAACCCCAAUUGACUUCUCGUGACAAUCGUGUAAUAUUAGACUUUGGCUUCGGAUCAGAUCGGACCAGAAGAUUCAGACAAAAUGGAGAACGGCAGCUCAUUCGACACCAACGGCUCCAAGCAUGAGCACCUUCAUGAAAACAUAAGCCCUGAUCUUGCCAUGAACAAGAUCAAGACAGCAGGAAGCAUCUCGAUCUCGCCGGCACUCUUUGAGAAACUGUACCUGUCGCCUCAGAAUAAUGUCAAGGGAAAUUUGAGGCAAACUUUCGGAAACCCAACCGCGAUCGGAUUGACUGGCCAUGUUAUCUCUAUCGGUCCUCUUGCAGCUGAUCUUAUGGGAUGGAGGGGCGCUGGUGGUAGCGGUGCCGCUAGCAUUCCCUUUUUCCUCUACUUCGGCGGCGUUCUCAUGACACUGGGUGGUAUCCUCGAAUUUUUCCUGGGCAACACAUUCCCAUCGGUCGUCUUCGUUUCUUUCGGUGCCUUCUGGUUAAGUUACGGAGGCCUCUUGCUUCCCCAGCUCAAUGCCUACGCUGCCUACGCACCUCCGGACGCCGAAUCGAUCGCUGAAGGACUCGAAACUACGGGAUUCAAUGCUAGUUUUGGCUUCGUCACACUUUCCAUGGGAAUCCUGUGCUUCAUGUACCUUGCAUGCUCCAUAAGGACAAAUAUUGCCUUUGUUAUUGUCUUCCUCACUCUCCUUAUUGCAUUCGGUUUGAUUACGGGAGCAUACUGGGCCCUUGCUCUGGAUUACACUGGCAACGGUGGAUUUGCUGCGAAUUUGCUCGAGGGUGCCGGAGCUGCUUCCUUCGUCUGUACUGCAGCCAGUUGGUGGAUUCUAUUCAGCUUGAUGUUCGCGUCAGUCGAUAUGCCUUUCAGUCUUCCCCUCGGCGACCUGAGCACCAGAAUCCCUGGCGCCAGCGACAAGAAACUCGCGCAAGAUUAAACGCGGCCUCGUUGCUAUCCGACACGGAUUACGACGGAACGUGCUGGAUAUGGAUCACGAAUCAUUUACCGGCGUGGAUUAAAAGAAUGAUACUUGAGCUCAGCGGAUGUAGUUCAAAUUGAGAACAUAUAGCCUGUUCCCAAGGGAGCUCCGCGUAUAAUACCAUAAUUGUCUGAAUUAGUGUGGCAUUGCUUGUGAGUCACUGUUAUGUGCAGUUAUUCCAAAUAAGUACUGGAGUGGUGUAUGUGGGAUGCAGGCACUAUGGCAUUGCCAAAGCAAGUAUUGGAAUCAUCUGGUAGCCAUGUGCUACAACAGCUCGAUGCCUCUACCUUCCUGUUUAAUCUUCGUAUAGUAGCCAUUAAUCUGGCUGCUCUUUUUAAAUUAUUAGUUAGGCUAAUCUCGAAAGUACCUUGUUUCUAGCACCGACAGGAACCUUGUUGGCAAAUAGAAUUCUAACAUAAAAGAGACAUGUAUUACACGAGGAGACUGUUCACCCCCUUUUUUUUGUCAUUUUUCACGGUUUUCUUCUGGCCACUCUGACCCGUACGUCACAGACCCUACAUUCAAAACAGGGACUUUCUCUCUUCAGAAAAGUUAAACAAAUUUCUGUGGCCGGCUCGGCCGGAGUAAGCAAAUGUCUCAGUUAAGUUAGGUUGCUGUGUCUGGUGUGGGCUUAUUGGAUUAUACCCAAAACAUGUUUCGUUGGACAUAGAGUUGAUAAAUG